AUGACUGCCACACUUGGGCAGGCCCUGGGCUCCCUCCUGCCCACUCUUCUGCUGGGACUCACAGCUGGGCAGCCCUUCAUCACACUGAUAGGCCCGGCUCAGAGGGCAGCCCCUGGAAAUUCAGUGCCUUUCAACUGCACCGCUGGGGCCUUCAGCUCCCAGGAUUUCAAUGUCACCUGGAUGAAGGACAGGGAUGAGCGUCCAGCCUCAGCUCAGCACCUGGUGACUGACGACAAAGGCAAUUACUCCGUUACCAGUAAGGUGUGGGUGACACUGGUGCACCAAGAUGUCUCAUCAAAGAUCACCUGUGAAGUCACCCACAAGGACCUGGCAGAGCCCCUGCAUAAGACCAUGAACCUCUCCCAAGUGCUCCGAGUUGUCCCCACCGUGAAGAUUACUGCCAAGCCCUCUGAGGCAUACACCGCCCAUCAGAGAGUGAAUCUCACUUGCCUCGCCAGCUACUUCUAUCCCUCCCACCUGCAUCUCACCUGGAUGAAGAACAGGCAUACCAUCCAGACCGUGUUGUCCCCCCAGGCCACGAGAAACUCAGAUGGGACCUACUCUCUGGAGCACACGUUGCAGGCAGAGGCCACGGUGGCAGCGACCGAGUUUGCCUGCUGGGUGGUCCAGGAUGAUCAGCCCCCAGUCCAGGCCAACAUCACCCUGCGGGUUCGGGCACGCCACGAGCGGAAAGGUGGGAGGGUCUUUCACACCUUGAAAGGCCCCCUUCAGCGAUCUGAGCCGGGCACAAGCAUCCAGCUGAUGUACAUGUCCACCAGAUUGUCCACACAGCAGGUCACGGUGACCUGGGUGAAAAACAACCACACGCUGCUGAAUCCCCAGACCAGUGUCCACCUCAGUGGAGACACCUACAAUGUGACCAGCAGUGUGCGCAUCCCCCUGCAGGCUGAUGAUGUGCUCUCCCAGGUCUUCUGCCUCGUCUAUCUCGAGUCCAAACUGGUUCUCCAGGAAGCUGUCAAUCUGAGCCAGUACCUCCGUGUUUCCCCUACAGUGACAGUUUCCCAGGCUUCACCCGUCUCGGACUUGGCGGCCAUUACUUGCCAUGUGCGGAGAUUCUAUCCACAAAGUGUGAAUCUUACCUGGCUGGAGAACUGCGAUGCAUUCAAGGGAGCUGAGCAGUCCACAUCCAGGCAGAAUAGCGAUGGGACCUACACCCUGGAAAGCUUGCGAUGGGUGAACGCGUCCGUGCAGGGGUCUGAGAGGGUGCUCACCUGUAUGGUGCAGCAUGAGGCACGGACUCCCGUCCGGGCCCACCUCAUACUGUUCCCAGCAGCCCACGCCACGUACAAGCCCAUUGAAAGCCCAGGUACAGAGAUGACUGCCCUUAUCUUUGUGGCUUUUCUCCUGGGCCUCAAGGUGCUGCUGGUGAUCAGUUUCACAGUCGUCUACGUCCACAGGUGGUGGGACCUGCGACAGCUCCUGCCUGCCCUGUGAUCCAUUGCAUCCUGCCUUCCCCAAAAGGCUCAAUUGGAGAGAAGAAACUUUACAUGUUUUAAAUUUUAUAUAAAUGCUAUUAUACUGUAUACAACAUUCUGGAACUUAAUUUUUAUGCUUAACACUGUUUUGUGUGUUUUAAUAAUGUUGAUAUAUAUAGCUAUAUUUUAUUAAUUUCCUACUGCUCUACAGUUUUUUCUUGUAAGAUAUGCUACAAUCUAUCGAUGCUUCUCUAGAUGGAACUGAAACUUUAUUUAAUGUCCUGCUAGUGCACCUUGGCAACACACAUUCUAUUUUUGUUUCCUUGGCUAAGCCAUGAACUCUAAGAGCUCUGAGCUGUCACACAUUUUGGGGAGAGUCCCUCUUGUUCCUCUUGUUUGGGCCAUAAGCAACAGUGUUGGUAUCAUUUGGGAGCUUUUGUUAUACAAAGAUAAGCUUUAAAUUUUUUAUCAAGUUUUGCUCUUUGAUUUAUGCCUCUGACCUAGACAUGUUUUUCUGGUACCUGUGUCUAUGUGUAUUAUAGGUGGUAGGGAUCUUUUCUUUUUCGAUUACAGUUGACAUUCAGUAUUAUUUUAUAUUAGUUUCAGGUGUUCAUCAUAGUGGUUAGACACUUAUAUAAUUUACACAGUGAUCCCCCAGUAAUUCUAAUACCCACCUGGCACCAUUCAGAGUAAUUACAAUAUUAUUGACUGU